CCGAGUCCUCCCCCGCCCUACCCCAGCGGCCCGGUCCGCGCGCCCUCCCGAUCACGCUCGCUCACCGUGCUCCCCGUCCGCAACAGGAACCGCUCGCUCUCGAUCCGGUCGAAGAAGGAUGACGGGUCGACGACGGGGUCGACGGCCACCAAGGCGACGCCGCGGCACCGCUUCACCAUGUCGUCGCUGCGCGGGAUGCAGCAGCCCGAGCUGUCGCGCAAGUUGUACAAGCUGAUCAAGAGCGAGAAUCACGCCAUCGGCGCGUACGAGCUGGCGGGCCGCGAGCGCGGCAGCAUCGCGACGCAGCUGAGCGAGUGGGGCGAGGCCACCAACGACGACGCCAUCAGCGACGUGAGCGACAAGCUGGGCGUGCUCAUGUCCGAGAUUGGCGAGCAGGAGGACCUGUUUGCCCAGUCGCUGGAAGAUUAUCGGGGCAUCCUGAAGCAGAUCAGGAACACGGAGAGCUCGGUGCAGCCGAGCCGCGAUCACAAAGCCAAGGUUUCCGACGAGAUCGCAAAGUUGAAGUACAAGGAGCCGCAGAGCACGAAGAUCGUACAGCUCGAGCAGGAGCUCGUCCGCGCCGAGGCCCAGUCCCUCGUCGCAGAGGCCCAGCUCACCAACAUCACGCGCCAGAAAUUCAAAGAAGCCUACGACGUGCACUUUGCGGCCAUCAUCGAGCGCGCCGAGAAACAGGCCCUGCUAGCCAAGCACGCGCGCGCCGUCCUCAACCUGCUGGACGACGCGCCCAUUGUGCCGGGCGAGUCGCACCCCGAGUACGAGGGCGUCGAGCCCGGGCGCAACAUCCUCAACGCGGCCGAGGACGAGCUGCGCGCCUGGCGCCCGACGUGCGCCCCCAUCGCCUCCAACGCCGGCCACCUCGGCGCCGGCGCCAUGCCCGCCUCUUCAGCCGUCCCUGCUGGCGCUGGC